AUGAAUGUCCAAAGCUCAAGAAAGAUAGUUAUAGAAAAAAAAGGAUUCAAGAAAAACUCCUUCAAAACUAAGAAGGGCCUCAUGGAAACCUGGGAUGACUCUGAACCUGACGCCUCAGAAUCUGACUCUGAAGAGGAACAAGCAAACGUUACAUUCAUGGUUACCACAUCUGGAAGUUCAUUCGAAAGAGAAUCUGACUCAGAAGAGGAAGCUGAAGGAAAGGCAAGACUAGAAGCUGAAGGUAAGGCAAGACUAGAAGCUGAAGAGAAGGCGAGAAAAGAAGUGGAAGAGAAAGCUGUUGCCGAGGCUGUUGUUGCUGCUGCUAUUGAAGCUAAAGCUAAAGCCAAGGAUAACACUAAAGAAGCGACACCCAUUGCUGCAAGGGAAGAUGCUAAGGCAAAGGAAGUUGCUUUGACUCAGGGUGAGACCUCAAACUCUGAUCUUGCUUCGUUGGUGCUUAAGACUCUGGAAGAACUCCAGAAGGAAAAAAAUCUUGUGAGAGCCAAACUCGAUCAACAAGACUCUCUCAACUCCAGUAUUCAGACUCUUCUGACGCAACUGCUUCAAAGGAUGCCUCCUCAUCCAAACCCUUACACACCUUAG